CACAUUAUAAUACUUACAUUUAUUAGGUAUGUACUAUUUCAUAAAAAAAUAUUGUAAUUAUAGUUCUUAAUUGACAAGCCAAAAAUCAAAGCAUUCGAGUUAAACGACACUCACGUAUGAGUGCACGCAAACUAAUUGAUGUCUGUCUGUGCUUUUUGUACAUGUGUUGUAUUUUCGUAGUUUAUUUCUUGAUCGGUCAAAACGAAAGCAACAAGAAAUUUGUAGUUUCAAUGGUAUUAUUCACAGAUACGUAUGAGAAAAUGGAAGAACUAGAACAUGAGAAAGACCAUUACAAGUACGUCUCAAAGUUAUUACAUUCUACUGUCUCCUCUCUGUGCAGUCAUCAAAAAACCAUGGCAGUCUCUGAUUCAGAUUUAUAUACAAGCAAUGAAUCAAGAAACGAAGCUCAAGUCUGCGAUGGAAAGUCGUUUUUUUCAAGGUCUGAAAGCACACCAUUUGCAAAAGAAGAAAUCAGGGAUUUGUUUUUAGAUAAUAGCGAAAAAGUGGAAAAACUAAAAGAGAAAGAUGAUCAAGACAUAUACGUUCCCAAGUUCUUUAUUCCUCCAAUUUCAAAUCUUUCCAUCGGCCAUGCUGUAGACAAAGAGUAUGCAAACGUUGAAUCAGUUAAUGAAGCACAAGUUUGUGUUGGAGAGUCGUUCCUUUCAAAGCCAGAAUGUCUUGACUCUGAAUCAAAAGUAAUGGGGAGUAUGGAAAUUGAAAGAUCUAUUGCAUCAGCCGGUGUAUCUAAUAGAUUGAUCCAUUCUAUGGAUGUUCAGAAGUAUGACCACAAUGAUUUAAGUCUAUGGGAAAUGGACAAAGCCUUAGUAACAGGAUUUCACCCUAUAACAACACAAGAAACGCUGAUAAAUUUUAUUGCGCCUGCGGCUGGUGUGGAAAUAAUAUAUCUGGUCAGAGGGGUACAAAGAGAUGCAGCCAUAUUGGUGUUUGCUGAUAAACCAGAUUUCGUAAAAAUGUCUAAACAAUGCAAGGAAAGAACAAUUGGAGGUUACACUUUAUUCGCACAGAUGGUGGAGAAAUGUCGAACUAUUUUUGUCAAGGGGAUUGACAGGAGCAUUACCUAUGACCUAGUAGAGAAUUUUUUCUGUAACAAGAGGAAAAGUGGAGGUGGAGAUGUGGAAAAGGUGAAUUACCAUCCAGAAGAUGGUUACUGUAUUGUCUACUUUGAAAAUCCAUCAGAUGCAAGAAAUGUUGCAGCACAAGAAAAGUUUACAAUUGAUAAGAAAGAAGUACAAGCAGAGAUGUUUUAUCCCUGUCUUGGUUUGUCAGAAAAACCAACAAAUUGGGAAGGCAUGCCAUGUGUCUCAUAUGAAAGCAAUGUAUAUGUCAUUAAGUUUGUUCAAACCUGUUUGCCGGCAAGUAGCCAAAUAAAUGAAGCUUUACAAAAAAAGUUUGUCAGGAUAAAAUGGCCAAAAUCAAAGUCAGACUUCAUUGUCAAGCUACAGUGCACAGUUGCCCUAGAUGUGGAAAAUGCAAAAGAAAUUCUGAAAAAGUGGAAAGAAGAAGCGAUGGCUGAGAUGGAUAGACAUAUGAAACAAUUUGUAUAUCAACUGCAUUCUAUUUUACCCCAGGCAUGGUCAUCAUUUCUAGCUCGGUUUAAAGCAGUAAAUAUCGAUGAUCAAGUCAAAGUGACCGUAGAUUUUGAAAAGAAAAAUCACAGAGCUAUAGUAACUGGCUAUGAAGAAAAUUCCGAAGCCCUUACCCGGACAAUUCUAGAUCUAAUCAAAACAGAGGAGUCUAAAAUUAAAAAUCAAUCACAGAGAAUAAUGAAAAACAUACACUUGGACUUUCAUAAAUGCCAGAAACUACAGAAAGCUCAGUUUGGGAAGAAAUUAGAGAAUAAUUUUCUAGAUAUUUAUUUUAGAAUUAAUAUCAACAAAAAAGAGGUGAAUUUAUCUGGAAAGCCUACAAGAGUCAAUAAGGCUGUGAUAAAGAUGCAUGAAUAUCUGAUGAAUACAAAAUCAAAGUCGUUAAUAAUUUCAAAAGGACGUUAUAAAAUCAUGAAGGAAGUAAAAGAGCUUUUUAUUGCAGAAAUGAAAGCUAAAGGCAACAAGGCAGUUUGGAAUAUGACAGAAGACAAAGUUGAAAUGACAUCAUCGAAUUCGAAAAUGGCUGAUGAAGCCUUGGAGAUUUUUAAGGAAUUUAUUCCAGAGGAAAGAAUUCAAAUGAAAGACCUUGUUAAAGUUUUGACCUGGCAUGACUGGCAAACCUGUGUAAAGGAACUAAAAGACAAACACAAUGAGAAGCUGAACAUUUCUUCUUCAAGCUCUGAAGUGUGUGUUACUGCUACUAAAGAUAUUUUUAAAAAUGUAUGCAAGCAGAUAGAACAUGUUAUGAAAAUCUGUUCUGAGAAAUACCGCAUUGAUCACAGAGUUGUGAAAUUGUCUAAGCAACAGUUCAGACAAUUGCAAUAUUUUGGACAAAAUAAAAUUUCACAAAUCACAAAUGCUAGUACUUCAAAAGAAUUAAAAAUAAAACAAAAUCAAUCAAACUGUUCCAUAGAAAUCUCAGGCAACAAUGAAGAAGUUAAAAUUGCUUAUGAAAAGUUGAUGAAAUUCAUUACAACCCUUCUUGAACAUAGUUUCAGCAUAACGGAACCUAGAGCUGACGUGUUCUAUAAUUCAGAAAAAGGGCGAGAGGCUAUGAAGACAGUUGAAAGAGAAGAGUUAUGUAUCAGUUCAAAUAAAGAAGAAUUGCAGUAUAUUAAAGAAUUGAACGAAGUUGAGUCAUUUAAAGGUAUGAGAAGAACAUCGCAUUACCUACCUAUAAUAAUUGCUGAAUGUGAGUUGCAGUGUUAUGAUCAGAAAUUUUAUGUGAUGAAGGGUGAUGUUACAAAAUUGAAAGUUGACGUUAUUGUUAGUGCUGCAAAUGGAGACUUGGAUCAUUGUGGAGGUUUAGCCUUGGCAAUAUCUAGAGCAGGAGGAAAAUCUAUUCAAGAGGAUAGUAGGACAUACAUUAUGUCAUAUGGCACUGUUCCAGAUGGUGAAGCGAUACCUGCUCAACCAGGUGAACUCCCCUGUAAAAUGCUGAUCCAUGCCGUGGGACCAAAAUGGAGUGGUGGAAGUCGUGACGAGGAGUAUUUGCUAAAAGAUGCCAUAUUUAGAUGCUUGGAAUUGACGGACAAAUAUAAAUUUUCUUCAGUAGCUAUCCCUGCAUUAAGUGCUGGAUAUUUCGGAUGUCCUGCGGAAAAAUCAGCGAUGACCAUUUUGCGUGCUAUCGAAUUAUACAUGAAGAAUGUAUUUUCCUCAAUCAAAGAUAUCUACUUUUGUGAUGUGGAUGAUAUCAUUGUCAAGGAGUUUGUCAAAUGUCUUAAGAAGAAAUUCGGACUUAAAGCAAAGGAACUCAAUGGCGUCGAGCAUGUACAACAGUCACCAGUUCAGUACGCAUACUCUGAUUUAGAAGAAGAGACGCCAAGAAGAAUCAGGUCUAAGUCUGAUUAUUUAAAUUGUGAGAUCAAGGUUAUCAGUGGCAAUCUAGCAAAAAUGAGGUUUGAUGUGAUUGUGAGCUCCACUGACAAAUCAUUAAACCUCUCUCGUGGUGCUACAUCCAAGAGUCUACUCAGGGCAGGGGGUGAGUCUCUGCAAGAAGAAUGUACAAUGAAGUACAAACAUGGCAUUCAACCAGGAGAAGUAGCCAUGAUCAAGGGAGGUAAUCUCCAUUGUAGGCAAGUGUAUUAUGGAGCUAUUAAGAAGUGGGAUCGCUACCAAGGAGAUGCACUCAAUAAGUUCGCUGAAUUUGUUGAUAACUGCCUGCAAUUGGCUCACAAUAAUUGGAUGAAUUCCAUGGCAUUCCCAGCUUUAGGGACAGGAAGACUAGGUUAUCCCCCUGCUCUUGCUGCAAAGACCAUGUUUAAAUGUUGUAGAUAUUUCCUACGUCACAAUAGUUUAACUACAUUGAAAGAUAUUUCUAUUGUUGUCUAUCAUGAAGAUAUAGAGACUUUUCAGAUAUUUCGAUCUGUACUGAGAUCAGAAGAUAUGAAAACAUAAAGUUAAACAUCAGUUACCAUAGAGACGGAGUAUAGGCGUGUUAACCACACAUUAGGAUUACAUUUAUUAAGGACUGCAAAAAUUCUUCUAUUAUGAUUGUUAUACUACCAACUGUAUAUUGUCGUCUCACUAUAUUGGUGCUAUCGUUCACUUUGAAAUAAAUGUAGGUCAAGGACGUACUUUUCAUGGUAGCUACCUCUAAAUGUUUAUCGAAAAAUUUGUCGAAACUUUCUACAAUCACCAAUAUGUGAAGUUUUUACAAAUUAUAAAAUGAUUUGGUGUGUGUCUAUAAAUGUAUUGUAUGUAUAUGAAAAAUGAGGUAAACAUUAUCUCUGCAGCUAAAAGCUUGAUUGUGAUAUAAAAGAUUGGUAAUUACUACACCUUUGUGAAUGUAUCAUGACUAUUCAAUUCAAUUUUCCCCCUAUAUUCUACUUCGUUAUGUAUGUGUUCAUAUUGCUACUGAUAGGAGCAUAUUUUUUAAAUUUUUGUACAUUUAUACAUCUAAUACUAUGCAUUUCAAUAAGUUGUUUUAAUAAUAUAAUAAUAAUCCAAACACUUAUUUUCGUAAUAAAUUUGAUUAAAUACAUAUACAUUAAAACUCGCAUUUUCUUUUCUGGGAACAAUUAUUAUUAGAUGUAUGGAAAAUCGGUUAUGUGCAAUAAAGGGUAAUUUUUCAAUUUUUUGUGAUGCUAUUUCAAAAAAUGUUGGUAAAUUGUUUACAUAGAAUUCAUUUAAGACAAAUUCAGGGUUGACAAAUGGAUUAUAGAUACUGUUGACACAAAAAAAACCCCGGUUUGCCGUCACAUUGAAAGCUUUUCUGUUGUUUCAUUUUGUUAUUGAUAUUAAUAUAUAUCUGAAAAGAUUAACAAUAUUUUUAUGAGAAAUUGUACAAACAUACGCUUUUUUUAAAGAUGUUGUUCAAAUCAGUUCAAGUAGUUAUCAAUAAGUUAAUAUUGAAUUUCAAAGUACAUAUAUUUCAAACGCCUAAAGUGCAAGCCAUUCUGUGUGACGUCAUAGAUGACAACUGCUGAGAUCGAGUGUAUAUAGAUAGUAUGGCAUACUGUGAAAACUAUCAGCAUAAAUCCAUUAGGAAAACACAUUGCUUAUCAUUUUUUUAUCCCCAUUAACUCAAAUAGAAUGUAAAUA